CCGAAGUCACUGAUUCCGGUUAUCUCGACUUCCCUCAAUGUCGGCAUGGCUAUUGGCGCAUGGAUCACAGUUAUCCCGUUCGCCAACGUUGCAUACCCGGGACCUGCGGUUGCAAUAUGGUUCAAGGACUUUUUCAAGCCUGGUUUCAUCGGAAUCACCUCUCUCAGUGCAGUGACAAUCGCAUCGGGAAUCCGAUCGGCUCGUGUUCGGGAUCAAUCGGGGUCAGCAGAGGGUCAGCCCAAGGCAAAAGCAGCCUCGCGAUGGGCAAUUGCUGGCCUCAUCUUCACGCUCGUUCAUUUCGGCUUUGGAAACUCUGUGCUCGCAAUUAUGGACCGUAUUCUUUCGAACCCGGAAUUGGCACAAGGCGAAAUGGCUGGUUGGAUCAAGUUGCAUACAGUGAGAACGCUUACAACAGAUGUGCCAGCUUGGCUAUGCUUUAUUGGAGCGUUACUCUCUGAGUUGUAG